AUGCAAAAUCCAUGGUAUCUAACAUCAGUUUACAGGCCGCCUGGUUGGGACCCUCGAUUCACAGUUGAGUUCGCAAACUUGUUGGAAACUAUAAACAAAAAAGUUGGAGAUGGGCAGCACAUAAUUGUGGGUGAUUUCAAUUUUCCACAAAUAAAUUGGAAUACACUGAAGUCGACUGAUUCUGUGAGUAGCAGUUUUGUUGAUAUAAUGUGUGAUAAGGGUUUCUCGCAGAAGGUAAAGCAGAGUACUCGUGGAAACAAUAUUUUGGAUCUAAUUUUCACGUCUAAGAAAAAUAUGGUGGAAAAUAUAAAAAUUGAAAAGCCUUUAUCUGAUCACUCAACAGUCACUUGCAAAGUGAACAUAAAUAAUCCAAAAAUUAACAUCGAAAGGCAUUUUACUGUAAAUGAUUAUUCAGAGGCAAACUUUGAAUCUUUAGGACAAAGAUUGGCUUGGAUUGAUUGGAAUUAUCGUUUCAGUACAUGUGACACAGCUGACAAAAUGUACAGCACUUUUUUGAAUAUAACUUUGCCACUAAUUGAUCAAUUUAUACCCAAGAAAACUAUCAAAAAGUCUAAUCUACCAUCCGAGAUAAUGAAACUGAAGAGAUACUCUGAAAAUUCCUACAUAAAAUAUAAAAAAUCCAAUAAAUCCGAAGACUUAUUGACCUAUAAAACUAAUUGGUGGAAAUACCGGAAAGCUAUCAAAAGAUUUUUAGAAUUAAAAGAAGAAGAAAGCUAUCGAUAAAGGACCAAACAGCAAGAAGUUCUGGAAUUAUAUUAGAAAUAAGACCACCAUAUUCGUUGAUCCGCCUUUCAUACAGACUAAAAAUGGAUGCACCAACGAUGAUAAUGAGAAAGCUCAGGCUUUUAACGAUUUUUUCUGCUCAGUUUUUACUAAAGACGAUGAGAGACCAUUCAUAAAUAAUACGAGCUCGGUUGGAAGUAUGGAAGAAAUAAACGUUGAUCCAUAUAUCGUAUACGAAUGUUUGAAGAAGCUUAGACCUUUACAUUCUGCCGGUCCGGAUAAAUUGUCUAAUAUCAUAAUACAAAAACUAGCGGCCCCUUUGGCACUACCUUUAUCAAUGAUAUUCCAAAAAACAUUGGAUACCUCAUGCUUGCCUAGUUUAUGGAAAAAGUCAAUAGUUCGACCUAUAUAUAAGAAAGGAAGCCUUAGUGAGCCUCAAAACUACAGACCUGUCAGUUUAACAUGUGUCCCAUGCAGAGUACUCGAAUCCAUUAUCGUUAGAAGUUUAAGAAAUCAUCUUUGGAACAAAAACAUAAUAUCCAAAGCCCAAUACGGAUUUUUGAACAACAGAAAUACCGUUUCGCAAUUGCUUCAAAAAAGCAAAAAUAUUUGAUUCAAAACGUGUAUGAAAAAGCCAUAGUAGACGUAAUUUAUCUGGACAUAAGUAAAGCCUUUGAUUCCGUAACACAUCGCAGAAUGUUGAACUUACUGGAAUCCUAUGGUUGCAAUGGUCGGCUACUCUCCUGGUUUCAGAGCUAUCUCAUUGGACGUACCCAAAUGGUACGCAUAAAUGAAAGCUUUAUCCGAUGAAAUUCCCGUACUUUCAGAUUGUACCACAGGGUAGUUGUUUGGGUCCUUUAUUUUUUCUUCUUUACAUCAAUGAUAUCGAUAAAGUAGUCAAACACAGCGAACUAUUAACAUAUGCCGACGAUUGUAAAUUAAUGAUAAGUUCAAAAGAUAGAAAAUUUCGAACAUAAGCUUCAGGAAGAUUUAAACUCUAUUUAUGAAUGGUUAGCAGAUAGACAGCUUGUCCUAUCGAGUUCAAAGAGUAUACAUGUCAGAUAUGGUAAAUCCAAUACUGAGAACCCUUCUUACACAAUAAAUGGCUCAAAAAAAUUCCAACAGAUAUAUUCAUCAGAGAUCUGGGAGUACAUUUUAGUUCUAAUUUAAAAAAAUGAAUGGUCACGUGAAUGUAAUUGUGAAAAAAAUGCAUGAAAAUUGUGAAUAAUCUUUUUUUAGAUGUUUUACCUUCUCGCACACUAAUUUCAUGAACUGCUACAAGUUGAAGAUUUUUACCUGUUCUUGAAUAUGGGUCAGAACUUUUUCUGUCCUUUAACAAGAACAGAUAUCGAUAGAUUGGAAUCAGUUCAAAGGAAAUUUACUAAAAGACUUUUUCCCUAAAAUGAAUUACAAAGAAAGACUUCAACGUCUUGGACUAAACACCCUUUGGCAAAGACGUUUAAAGAAAAGACAUAACUGCUGCUCACAAUUUCAUUUUACGGAUACUAUUGGUGCCCAUCUCCAAUCCCUUUACAAAAUACAAGAAGUAGAUCGAAUCAACUGCGAGGAAAUGGCCUCAAAAUAGAGCGGCCUCUACUUUCUGACAUACACUACCGGUUCAUUAAUCAAAGAGUAUUGAAUCAUUGGAAUCAUAUGGAUAGAAACAUAGUAUUUGAGUAUGAAAAAAAUAAGUUCAGAUCUAAACUUGAGAAAUGGUUUGAAAACAACAUUACAGAACUAAACACUCUUGAUCCAACAAAAAUAUGAAAGCUACAUAAUCGACAUUUUAAAAGAAUAACUUCAAGGUUAUUCCAAUUUACUCAAGUGGGGGGUUAACACGACCGCGGGUCCUCUUCCCUCCAUCACCACAAGUUCCGACACAUAUGUUCCCAAAUUCUCCCUACAUCUAUUUCGUGAAAUUUAGUACUUGUGUGUGAGAAAUAAAACAUUUUGAUUGAUUAAAAAAUUAUUUUUGGCCGCGUAAAUAUGAAAAUUUCGAAAACGAGGUAAACUUGGCAAUUAUCCAAGUGUACGGGAAGAUUGGGUCCCAAAGCGAUGAGGUAGCGCGCUAAAAAGCUUGGCGCCUUCUCAAUUUACGUAAAAAGUACGUUUUUUUUUGUUUUUUUUUCGAUGCUGGAGAUUUUUUUGUAUAAAUUCAUCACAUCUAGACUCUUCUUACUAGUUAGUAUGAGUAUUUCAUUGAAUCUUAGUUUUUCCUUGAAAUUAAUUCGCAGAUUUCGCGUUUUGUCGAGAAAAAAAUAUAGGCCUAAAAAUGAAAUUUAAUUUUUUUUAACCAACUUCUUUCAUUUAUUUUUUUUAUAACUAUCAAGUUUCAUAAACAAGUAGAGCAUAUUGUGAAGGAUGAAUACCGGAAAAAAUAGACCCAGCCUAAUUUUGGAAAUGGAGUUUUCAUAUUUCUAAUUCUUAUUUCAGGUAUAGUCUGUUAAGAUUUUUGAAUGUUAAGUAGCAAACUCUGCCCCCCAACAACGCUCUGAAAAUGGACCGCUUUCUGAUUGGUUCGAUCUACGCAUACGGGGCGGAGUUUGAGCGAUAACUUCACAUUUAGAAUAUGAACAAACUAUUCUAUUUACUGAAAUUAAUAUAAUGUGAAAAGGGAAUUCAUGUACUAAAGUUUGAAUUGAAAUUAUUUUUUUCACUUAAUCUUAAAAAAAGUUCAGGCAAAAAGUAAAAAUUCUCCUUUUUCUUAAUUUUUUAUAAUAAUCAAUUUUUCAAAGCACAAGUAAUAAAAUUGUGAAGAAUGAAUGCCGUGUCAUGACGGCAAAAAAUUCGAAAGAAUGAAUGAAAACUGUUUUUUACCCUUAAUGUAGUUGGCCAUAUCGCGCGGGUCGCAGGCGAUAUAGUCAAAGCAUUUUGCUGCUUUCACAUCAACGUGUCGCUACGACGUCGUCAAAGCCUCGCUGCCACAUCACUCUUAUCAACUUUCAGAUAAAACUAGUAUAGUUCGGAGAAUCAGCUUGAUAGGCGAAAUCAAAAUAUGUUUGCAUCGAAGUAUUAUUAAGUUAAAUGCCUAAAUUCUGCUUGAAAAUCUUCUUCCGCAUGGUCGUCUACCAAAGUUUUUUCUGCGGAACAAUCUCAACUCUGAGAGUAUCUCGAAGUAAAGUCUAAAAUGUGUAACGCUCUGAAAAAGAUGAUAUUUCUUCUGAAGACUUGUUAUUGGAAGAUCAGAAGUUUGAAAACUGGAGCUUAAUUUAAGCUUAAUUGUCAUGAUAAUGUUUUCGCAGUAUUUUUCAUGCACAAACGACUAUCAGCAGCGUAAACGCCGAAACAUCUUCAGAAAAUUGGCUGGGAGAAUCAGUAGAAUCGCCUUUUGACAAAAUGCAGGGAAACGCCUUGACAAUAAAUUCAAAAUUCUCUAACAAGAAGAAAUCUGAAUUGAACGAGAAAUGAAGACGUUUUAGAAAUGUUUCAACAAUUAAUUGGCAAGUUCUAGUAUCCAGAAAAAUAUUUCGAAAGAUUUUUGCCGUAAUACCUCUUACUCAUAGUGGUUUGGUCUCAUUUGAAGGUUCCCGCCUAGAGAACGGCAUCCGGGAUCAGCUUCACCACCUAUCAUAUUCCUAGCUCGUCAAAAAAGACUUCUUGUUCACUAAAGGCAGCUGAUCGAUAGAACUCAAAAAGUUGUUGAUCAAGGCUUAGUCGGUGACAUUUUUUACUGAAACAACGAAUGAGAUGAUAUAAAUUGAUUGAAAAAAAAAAUCAAGUAAUUCUGAAAAUCUGAAAAAGUCAUGCAAAGACCAGGGCACUUGACACAUUCUGUGCCGAGGUAAUUUCUAAUCUCGGUGGUCUCUAAAAAGAAAUUAUAGAUCAAAUGAUGCCAAAUUUGAACUAAAAAUCGAACAGAAUAAAAAAAGAAAUUUUGGAAAGAAUGAUCUGAAAAGAAGUCUCUGACUAAUUACGGCAGAGCUUGAAACCAAUCGAGAAAAAUUAUAUGGAACCGGUCGGAAAAGAGAAGAUCGAAAGAAAGGUUCUACCUGAAAAAAUGGAAGACCGAUUCGGAAAAGCAUAUUAAAUUUGGGUUCGGAAAAGUAUACACCCGAUUCGGAAAAGUAUCGAUUCGGAUUUCGAUUCGGAAAAUCCCGGUUCGGAAAAGUAUCGGCCUCUUUUAGUAAAUUUCCUUUGAACUGAUUCCAAUCUAUCGAUAUCUGUUCUUGUUAGAGGACAGAAAAGUUCUGACCCAUAUUCAAGAACAGGUAAAAUCUUCAACUUGUAGCAGUUCAUGAAAUUAGUGUGCGAGAAGGUAAAACAUCUAAAAAGAUUAUUCAAGAGAUUUAAUCCAGAAAGUUUGAUCGGAACGAGCUUUUGCGGCUUAUUUUUCAUAUAGAAGCAAAAGUUAACUUUUUUAUAGGAUAUAGAAAAAGUUUGAGUACUUCAAAUUUGUUUAUGGAACUAUACAUCCUGAUUAAAGUAAGAUGCAAAAAAGAACUGAUUGGGAAAAUUGUUUACAUUUUUUGAAAAAACUUUUCAACAAGUUUGCAGAAAAAUAUUUUAACUUGGUGUGAAGAGAUGGAAGGGUUUUUUAUACGUACAGGUAAUUGCUCUUUUAAGUGAUAAGUUUCGAUAUUUUACUUUUUUCAUCGCAAUAUGUGUAGUACUACAACUUUUUCAGAAGGUGUUACUAAAAUUUUUCUAGGCUGACGGCAGUGAUUCCGGGGUAAAACUGGACAUUUGCGUCAUGUGGAAAUUCGGAGCUCAAGUUCGAACUCCCACGCCGUCGGAGACGGUUACGACGCCUCAAGAAACGCCGGUGCUUGUUUCAAUUCCUCCCGCUCCUGUUCCCCAGGUCCUUUCUUUUAUUUUUAUUCUGUCACUCUAUUGGUUUCAGGUGAUUCCCCCGCCGAUGCCUCGACCAACAACCGUCCAGACUUCCUCUGCAGUCCGACUAGAAUCACCUCCGAUGCCGACGCCGUCGCCAUCUUCUUCUGCGGAAUCUUCUGACGUUUUCAGUCCUCACAAGGUAUUCACAUCAAAAUGUUUUAUUUCUCACACACAAGUACUAAAUUUCAAGAAGUAGAUGUAGGGAGAAUUUGGGAUCACAUGUGUCGGAACUUGUGGUGAUGGAGUGUUUGAGAGUAAUAACUGAAAAUGAUAUUUAUUUUUCAGUCGAUGCCGAUGGCCUGGGACGUUGAAGUAACCCCGAGGUCUAACGCUAGAUCAUCUUUCAUCGACGACGAGUUUCGGGACAACAAAAGGCAAUAAUCGUUGCUCGGUUCAGAAUAGAGACGAUCUCGGUUAGAUCACAUCGAGAAGAAGAGCUACCGAUAGAAGAAGAGCUUGUUCCUGAAGCCGAAACUCCCUCGCCUGAGAUCAUUCCGGCGCUGCCUGUCGAACUGAUUCCCUCAUCACCUUCCAGUUCUUCUUCUCAAGUCACUGUGGAACAUGGAGGUACGCCAAAUAGAAAGAAAAGCUUUUUAUUAUCUGACAUUUUGCGAUUUGAAAAGUUGGGUGA